AUGCAAAACUCGUUCAUCAAGCGCACCCAAGGUGGUGGCAUUGCUUCCUCAAAAAGUUCCGUGGAAAGCGAAAAAAUGAAAAGGUUAGAUAUCGUGUUCUCCUUGAUCCUUGGUCUCCUUAGUCUGUAUUGCUGUCUAACAGAACUGAUUCGAUACCGGGAGUUCAUUUCGCAAUUCUGUGUGGACUUUGGAGAACGGGCUCAACAGGCGUCACUCCGCGCUCAAAUUAUCUCCACCUACAGUUCAAUUCUGACCAUCUUGGAAAAGGUCCCCACGGUGACUGAAGACUUCUUUGUACUGGGUUAUGCUUUCGAGAAAAAGUCACCCGAGGACGAUUUGGACGUGCAGGUAACCGAUCCCCGCAGUUUACGAGCUCGACCACGACGUGUCCUUUCAACGGACGGUUCGAAACUGUACAACCUCUGGUUUAUUCCACAUUUCAUUGAGGUUCUCUUCAUUUUUCGUCAUUUGGACGACGAGUCCUGUACACGAGCUUUGCGUUGCAUGGCGCGUCUGGCCUGUGUGCUGCACGAUAUUCUUCAUUAUCUGAUUGCAUACGCACGGCUCGGAAUUAGCUCGGCUAAGAUCACACCGGAACAGCGAUUGCAGAUCAUAGCGGGUUCGAAACAGAACCCGACCAAUGCUCAAAAACGGAACGCCUCACGAACUAAUCUACCCACGGCAGCAGAAGCGGCAACCGCAGUCGCCGGAGCUACGGUUUCCAACACCCCGGUCGCACAACUUGUGACUGCCGGCACUAUUGGGGGCAUGAAUAUGGCACUGUCUGCCCCGGCCAUCUCGAUCACGCCAUUGGAUUUGAAUGCACACGGACAUAGUCUGGUGGUCGAUCAAGUAGUUGCCACCGAACUUCGUGAAAUCCAGUACCAAAUCAACCGACUGCCGGAUCCCACCGAACCGGAACAAGUGAUACAAUUGUUGUGUCAGCGACGAGACUGUAUGUUCCUUCAAUUUGAUGUCUGUUUGCGAAGCGUGUUGGGUGAAACAUUUUUGGCCGCAGACAAUCAAGAAGCAUAUCGCGAAGUGAAGGAAAAUAGCCAUUUUCCAUUGGCUGAAUUGUCUAAUGUUCAACGUCCUUGCCUGUUUGCAAUUGAUUUAAACGUGCCCGAGCCGUUGGAAGCCCGCGACGUUACCGCACAGAAUCUGUUCCCAUGGCGUUCACUGAUAAAUUAUUACGGACCAUUCCUGCUGUUCUCAUUUGGGCCAAGUUCUAUCGAGUAUAACAUUCGAUUGUGCCUGGCGGGAUUAAAACCAGUUGAUCGGUAA